AUGGGAAGUGAGAGAGGGAGGGAGAUGCGGGAGAGAGUUUUUGUUUCCAUAUUUGCCCUCGCCACUCUCCCGCUUUCCCUCCUCCUCUUCUCCCUAUCUCUUUCCUCCCACCCAAUCAAAUCCCAAAUCUACCAUCUGGAGGCAGUGGCUGCCCUCUCCCCAACACGCUUCGAGGCUCGCCAUGUCUGGAAGGAGUCACGUGCCUACACCAUCUCCCUCGUUCGCCUCAACGCCCUCUUCUUCUUCCCAUGCUACGCCCUCUCCCUCCUCGCCGCCAUAACCGCCGUCCACUCCACCGGCCUCUCCUGCAACGGAAAGCGCCCCACUCUUGACACGGCGCUCACGGCCGUCAGGACCACAUGGAAGAAACCCUUGGUCACCACCAUCUGUGUCUACGCCGUCAUGCUGGUGUACGUGCUCCUCCAGCGCACAUUAGUCGCGGCCGCCGCCGAGGCCGGUGGUCUGGGUCCGGUGGCGGUGGCGGUGGCGCUUGUGGGGUUGGGUGUGGAGGUGUACCUGAUGGCGGUGCUGAGCCUGGGAGUGGUGGUUUCUGUGAUGGAGGAGCGAUGGGGGUGGGAUGCGAUUGGGAGCGGGUGGGGUUUGAUGGAGGGGAGGAGGUUUACCGGUGGGUAUUGUCGGGAAUCCUAG